CGGGCAGACAAUGACGGUCCCGCAGUGUGGGCAGCGAGGGCUUCGUCCCUGCCGGGGAUCUCCGGCGGCGAGAGCUGGGGGCAGCCAGAGAGAGCGGCGGGGAGGGACAGAGGCAGGCGGCCCGGGAGAACGGAACGGAGAGGAGGGAGGAAUGCAAAGGGAGAGCCCCGGGAAGCGGCACCGCUGGUCAGGAGCCGCCCCGCAGACGGGGGCUCCUCGCCAGCCCCGGAGCGGAGCCCUCCGCACGCACCGGGAACUUCUCGGCUUCGGGAGGAGGCUCGGCCGAGGUGUUGCAAGACGUUUGUCUUAGACAUCUCUGCAGAAAUAUCGACCCACGGACUUCAAGCUCAGGAUUAAACAGACGGAGAAGGGAAAGGAACCAUGUUCCAGGCCACGGGAGCCGCCAGCCCACCCCCAGCUCAUGAGGCCAAGAACAGCUCAGGAGGCAGCACAGUGCAGCGCUCCAAGUCCUUCAGCCUGAAGGCACAGGUGAAGGAGAUGUGCACUGCCUGCCAGAAAACCGUGUAUCCCAUGGAGCGGCUGGUGGCCGACAAAUUUGUCUUCCACAACUCCUGCUUCUGCUGCAAGCACUGCCACACCAAGCUCAGCCUGGGCAGCUACGCCGCGCUCCACGGGGAAUUCUACUGCAAGCCCCACUUCCAGCAGCUCUUCAAGAGUAAAGGCAACUACGACGAAGGCUUUGGGCGCAAGCAGCACAAGGAGCUGUGGGUGCACAAGGAGGUGGAGAGCGGGACCAAGUCGGCGUGAGCGGGGCCAGCCCCCGCUCCUGGAGCCCAGCUGAGCCGGGCGCUAACUGAGCUGAUGUAAAGCAGGACCUGUGGGAGGGGAGGGAAGGGGGGGGUAGCCCACCCCUCUUUGGAGGGUGCUCAGAGGGGUCCUGCAGGCCGUAAGGACAGGGCAGAGGUGACCAGGGCGCAGCCCCCAGACCUGAAGCCCUCUCUCUGCAGGCCCCUCUCCCCAGUGAGAUCAGAGCAGAAGCAAUUGCCCCCCACGGGACCCCCAGCCCCGUUGAUCCAUUUCAGGCCUGUCACCACGGAAAAGGAGAUGAGCUGGGGGCUUAACCAGCUUGUGAGUCACAGCAGAGCUCCCAGCUCCCGCCACACCAACCCUGCAUUGCUGGGGCUCUGGAAAAGGAGGGUCCUUGGUUUACAUCAGCUCAGUUCAGCUGGGAUGGUUCAGCCUUAAGGAUGUUGCCCUGCCACUGUUUAACAGUGUCUCUUUUUUAUAUUUGCCCUCGACUGGUACGUUCUGCGCCGGAGCCUCGCGGCAGCUUCGCGCGUGACACAUGCGCUCCUUUAUUUUUGUAAUACAAGGUUUCCGAGCCUUC